AUGAUACUGGUGCUAUUAUUAGGAAAAUUGCUUCAGCUUGCAUUUUUUGGUCAUCUUCGAGCAUUGGAGUUGGAACACCUUUAUGAAAGGACAUGGUAUGCGGUAAUGGAAACCUUCCUUGCGAUGACCAUUUUCCAUGAUGAGUUCACUUUUCAAUUUGCAUUGAUGUUUUCUAUCCUGACGUUCCUAAGGGUGUUUCAUUGGAUUGCUGCGGAUAGAGUAGACCUCAUUUUCCAGGCUACCCAUCCACCCAGUUUCGUUAGUAAAACCAGACUGUGGGUGGCGUUAUGUGCCCUAAUGGCUGGUGAUAUCAGUGUGUUCAUGUACUGUGGGUCAGAAGUUCUCGAACAUGGUCCUGGAACAAUGGUUAUGUUUGCUUUUGAGUUUGCUGUUUUAACAAAUUCGUUACUCAAUUCGAUUGGCAAGUACUCACUGAAUCUUAUUGAAUGUCAUUACCUAGUGGUCAAUGAAGACGAAGAUAGCUGGGAGCCAAAAGGCACAUACACAUUUGUUCUGGAAGUGGUUUCUGAUACCAUUCGUCUGACAGCAUAUGUAACAUUGUUCAUGUUCUUGCUUGAUCCCUAUGGAAUUCCUUUGCAUAUUUUCCGAGAUGUGUAUACUACAGCUAUGAACUUGUUUAGCCGGUAUCGUGAUUUUAUUCGAUUUAGACGUGCUCGAGCCAGGAUGGAUGAGCAGAUUGCUGAUGCUGUUACUGAGGAUCUACAUAGAGACUCAGUUUGUAUCAUAUGUCGAGAAGAAAUGGAAGUCAACCGUGAUAGAGCUCACAGGUAUACUCCAAAGAAGCUCCCGUGUGGUCAUGUGAUUCAUCACGGAUGUCUAAAAAGCUGGCUAGAAAGAUCUCAACGCUGUCCUACAUGUCGUAGACCUGUAAUGGAUGCGAACGAUGAACAGCAACAGCAACAACAGCAACAGCAACAGCAACAAGCAGAGCAACUACAAGCUCAGCAGCGAGAAGAACAGGCGCCGGGAAGAGUUCUUGGGACCAUACAGUUACAGCAACAACACCCACCCAAUGGGGAGCCGAAUAGUGAGAUAUUACGUAUUCACCCGGUAUCGACGAACAACGGCAUUCAUAAUUCACCAUCUUCCAGUACUCAGCAUUCAUCCCAAUCUCUUGAAAGUAAUCGAAACCAGCAAGCAUUGAUCAUCGACUCUCAGAUAGUUAUACCCAGUGGCUGGGUGGCUUUUAGGGCACGAAACUCAUCUGAGGGCCAGCAAGUGAAACUAAAUGAGCACACAUGGGCUACUGUUACUGGCCCUACAGUAUUAUUAGACACUGACAAGACCUUGGAAGAAGUACGGCUAAGUUCAUCUCCCGAUGACAAACUAAAAGCAAUUGAAAAAUUAUUGAGUAAUAUGGAGAGGACUCAGAGCGAAUUUGAGACAGUUAUUGGCCAGCUUCGUCAAGCUGCGGAGUCAUUAAAAGGUUCAUCAAAUAUCGACACCGAAGUCGAAAAAGAUUAG